UCACUUGUCGCAUUUAGAUUGCACAUGUGCGUACUUCACGUAAAGGCCGCAAACACAUGAAAUAGAACGAUGGAGGCGAGUGUGUAGAACGUGGAACAAAAAGAAGGCAUUCGGACUUUGCUAAUCACGAGAGAUCCUCGUCAGUGUACGCAGUGAGUCAGUGUAAAAGGGUUGUUUCAAAUAAGGAUAUGAUGAUGAGGAUAUUUAUUAGGCCUUUAGUACGUCAUGUCUGGACUACGAGGCUACGCUCCCCAACUUCUUGCUCCCAGUUUGCAUUGUACCAUGUCACACGUGCCUCCCUGUGCUCAGAGGACCGCAGCAUCAACCCUGUGGGGAGGAGACAGCACAGACACAGAGCUGCUGUGUCUGAUGUGCAGAAGGGCUAUGACAGGUCAGUUCAAAACAAAGUGUCUAAGAAUGAGAUGCCAGUGUGGCAGAAGAAAAAUCACAGGAAAGUAGAAGAUCACAGACUAUCAUCUGAAGUCAGGAAACUCUGUCUGGAUGAUUUCCCUGCGGCGCGAGAGAGGCCGGGGAGACAGAGGUCAGCGCCAGAGUCCAAAGCAGAGACGUACGACGUUGUUUUUGGCAUCGCUCCCUGUCUCCUGGCUUUGACUCAAGACAGAAGAAAGGCUCGUAAACUGUUUGUCAAAGACGGCGAGGCCUCUCACAGGGCCUCCAUGUUAAAAGUGUGCGAGGAGGCCCGUCUGCGAGGAGUACAAAUCCAACGGGUCGGCAAAAAGGAUCUGGACAAGAUGUGCUCCGGACGUGUGCAUCAGGGAGUGUGCCUGCAAGCCUCACCUCUGCACUACCUCACCGACGCCAGGGAGACCGCUCCCAGGAGUGACCUGCCCCGUCUCUGGCUCGUUCUGGAGAACAUUCAGGACCCGAUGAACCUCGGUGCCAUCCUGCGCUCCGCCUAUUUUCUGGGUGUGGACAGAGUAGCCAGCAGCCUACGCCACAGCUGCCCGUUGUCUCCGGUGGUCAGCAAGGCCAGCUCGGGGGUCAUGGAGGUGAUGGGGGUGUAUGGAUAUCAAAACCUUGAAGACCUGCUGGAGUUGAAGUUGGCUCAGGGCUGGCACGUGGUCGGCACGGUGGGAGCUGAAGCAGAAGCGGCCCACGUUCCCGUCACCAAGUGUUCGGACUUUCAAAUGACUAAACCCACGGUGCUGUUGAUCGGAGGUGAGGGGGGGGGACUGUCCCGAGAGCUGCUCUCUCUGUGCCAAACGCUGCUCACCAUCCCAGCUGGCAGAGAGCUGAUUCCCAGCAUAGAGUCCCUGAACGUCUCUGUAGCUACAGGCAUCCUGCUUCACUCUCUGCUGUCAACCAGGUGAAGAUUCGGCCUCGCUGUCAGACCUCAAGUGCACCCAGCAGACUCAUUGCACCUCUGUGAUUAUGUUUUGUAACUUAGGCAAAGAGGGAAGCCUUCCACAGAUUUACUCAAGAAGACCUGAAGCGGUAAAGACUGUCAAUGGGAAUAAAACUUGUAUUUCAUAUAUCUAUGAAUAUUGUGUAAAUGAGAAAUUAUAUUUAUGACAAUGUAAAAUGUGGCUUUUGUUAAGAGUUCAUUUGUAGCUUUUUCAGGGUCCAUGAGGAAGAUUUUAUACAUUAGUAUAAAACCUAACAUUGUUGGUAUGAUUAAUUAACUUAAUGUCUUUAUGGACAGAAAUCUUUGCAUACGAGCAUCGUCAUAGACAAACAGGAAGGAGGAUAAUUCAAAGUAGAAUCAUUUGAGAAAUUACAUUCUGUGUAGUGUUCACUGUUACAUACAGUAAACAUUUGACUGUUUAGUUUUUAGACAGUUGUAACAUGCAGAAUCACUGAAUAAACUGCUAAUAAGCGCUGCA